GUUAGAUAUACAGUACCGAGCCCUCGUGGACUGGUUGAUCCUUAUUCCUUCCAGAGACCCCAUACCUAUAGGAUCUCCCGUUGUUUAAUUCCCUGCUCUAUGACCUUGGUCCGUUAAUACUUAAGGCUGCGUUAAUUUCUGGCAACUACAGCAACUGCCAUUAAUUGCAUUUUUGCCUACAAUGGAGGAAGACAAAUCAGAGCUUUUACAGACAUCCUCAUUGGAUCACUUAGAUGAUCUUUUUGACUACGAUGUUGGACUAGACGAUAUCUUGCAAGAGGCCCCAUCGAAAUCGAAUGCAAAUGCUCCUAAGCCGUCUGUGGCGCCUGAAGCUUCUGGUUUAGGACUGGGUCUGGACGAAGAGGUUAAAGUUUCUAAAAAACGACAACCUGUUGCUAAAUUAGACGAAAACCGAUUGCUUUCACAGCGUGGAAUCUCAAAAUUACGUCACGCAGCUAAAGCGAAGUUGAAGCUUAAGGGCAAAGGGCAUGAGUUCUCUGAUGCUGCACGCCUACUCAAUUUUUAUCAGCUGUGGCUUGAUGAUCUGUUCCCGCGUGCCAAAUUUGCCGAUGGCCUAGCUAUGAUAGAGAAAUUGGGGCAUUCCAAACGACUACAAACUAUGCGAAGGGAAUGGAUCGAAGAAGAAAAGCCAAAAACACAGACUGAUAACCGUCAGAAUACACCAGAGAGCCAUUCAGUCAGUGAACGUCCUGACGAUGCAGCUAUAAAUGAUUUUUACAACCCGAGUUUCACAAACGUCAAUAAAAAUUUCCCGCCAGACAUGGAUGGAGUCCUAGCGGGGGAAUCGCCAGUGUUUUCUGGUGAGCCUUCGGAGAUGCGACGACAGACCGGAGAACAAAACCUGGCGGAUCAGGAACUUUUCAUGCCACACAAAGACAGAGAUGUCCAGCAGGGAUUAGAGCAAGCUAUGCCUGGAGACGAUGAACUGGAUGCUCUCUUGAACGAGCAUGAGAGUGGAGAUCCUGAAUUUCACAAACUCCCAACCAUUUCAGAAGCCGGGUUACCAGCAAAUGGCAAGAGAUUUGAUGAGGAUGAUGAACUUGAAGCAAUGAAUGAACUAGAGACUCUAGGCUCCGUAUUUAAUUGACAUAAUAUUGACAUACAUAGUCCAUGACAAAGCUUAUCAUGCAUCUGAGCUAACCAAAUGUCUAAUCGGGAAUGACGCCUUUCCCCCUUAGUCUCGUUCGCUUGUUCUUUGAUUUAUCAGAUAAAUAACUGAUCAUCCAGAGAACCCCCCAAAUUUUUGGAUGGAUACCCCAGUUGUCCCCAAUCAUCUUUAAAG